AUCACGCCUCUGAUAUCGUGGGCCCCGCCCCUCGGGCGUAAUCACGAACGUGCGCAGGCACUCCCGCUCCGACGCUAAGGUUCCGCCUCUCCGUCUCAACAGCCUAAGAACACGCCCCCGCGGCUAAGCCACGCCCCGUCUCCGCCCCUCGCGCCUGACUGCUCGCCCACCUGGGGCGGUUCGGCGCCUGUGCGGUGGGCUCCCGGGCGUCGGCUGCCGAAGUCCUUCGGGAUAAGAAUGCUGGGGUAGAAUUCCCUGCUCCCAGUCCCGAGAGUUCCACUGAGAAGCAAGAGCCUUACCCUCCCAGGACAGUGCUGUUCUCCAAGAGAGAAGCCAGGAAAAGAAGGUGAAAAUGACAGUUGAGCUAGUGAAAGCCAUACCCCAGGACCUGGUGACAUUCAAGGAUGUGGCAGUAGACUUCUCCCAGGAGGAAUGGCAAUGGCUGAGCCCUGCUCAGAGAAGUUUGUACAGGAGUAUGAUGCUGGAGAACUAUCAGAGCCUGGUCUCACUGGGACUUUGUAUCUCUAAGCCAUCUGUCAUCUCCUUACUGGAGCAAGGGAAAGAGCCCUGGAUGAUGAUGGAGAAUGAGCUGAGAAGCCCAUUCCCAGAUUGGGAAUCUAUACAUGAGACACAAGAAUUACCUCUGAAGCAGUUUGUAUGUGAUGAUAUGUUAAUGGAGAGAAUUGCAAGCUAUGAACGUGAGUGUCCUACUUUUGGAGAAAAUUGGAAAUGUGAAGAUCUUUUUGAGAGGCGGUUGUUAAGCCAAGAGACAUUUAUCAGGCAAGAAAGAAGCACUCCUAAAGAAACCCUCACUGUGGAAAUAGACCACAGAUAUAACAAACCUGAGAAAUUUGUUCCUCUACACAGUAUAGAAGAGAAUAUUUAUAAUAAUCACAAGUCAGAUAAAAAAAACUUUUCCAAAAAUUCCAUGGUAUUAAAACACAAGAAAGUCUGUGCAGGAAAGAAACUUUUUAAAUGUAAUGAAUGUGAGAAAACCUUCACCCAGAGCUCAUCUCUUACUGUUCAUCAGAGAAUUCAUACUGGAGAGAAACCAUAUGAGUGUAAGGACUGUGGGAAGGCCUUCAACCAGAGUCAACACCUUGUCCAGCACCACAGAAUACACACUGGAGAGAAACUCUUUGAAUGUAAGGAAUGUAGGAAAGCCUUCAGCCAAAAUGUACAUCUUAUUCAACAUCAAAGAAUUCAUACUGGAGAAAAACCAUAUAAAUGUAAGGAGUGUAGAAAAGCCUUCAGCCAGCCUGCACACCUUGCUCAGCAUCAGAGAAUUCAUACUGGGGAGAAGCCUUAUAAAUGUAAGGAAUGUGGCAAGGCCUUCAGUGAUGGCUCCUCCUUUGCCCGACAUCAGAGGUGUCACACCGGCAAAAGACCCUACGAAUGUAUCGAAUGUGGGAAAGCUUUCAGGCAGAACACAUCGCUUAUCCGUCACUGGAGAUAUUACCACACUGGGGAGAAACCCUUUGACUGCAUCGACUGUGGCAAGGCCUUCAGCGAUCACAUAGGACUUAUUCAGCACAGGAGAAUUCAUACUGGAGAGAAACCCUACAAAUGUAACGUGUGUGGGAAAACCUUCAGCUACGGCUCAUCCCUGACGGUGCAUCAGAGAAUUCACACAGGAGAGAAACCAUAUGAAUGUGAUAUCUGUGGGAAAGCCUUUAGCCAUCAUGCCUCACUCACCCAGCACCAAAGAGUGCAUUCUGGAGAGAAGCCUUACCAGUGCAGAGAAUGUGGGAAAGCCUUCAGGCAGAGCAUACACCUUGCUAGCCAUCUGAGGAUCCACACUGGAGAAAAACCCUAUGAAUGUAAGGAAUGUGGAAAAGCUUUUAGCAUCAGUUCGCAGCUGGCUACUCAUCAGAGAAUUCAUACUGGAGAGAAACCUUAUAAAUGUAAGGAAUGCGGGAAAGCCUUCAACCAGAGGGCACACCUCGCACAGCACCAUAAAAUCCAUACUGGAGAGAAACCUUACGAUUGCACUGAAUGUGGUAAAGCCUUCAGCCAGGCUACCCGCCUUGUCCAACAUCAGAGAGUUCACACAGGAGAGAAACCCUAUGAGUGUACUGAAUGUGGGAAGGCUUUUAGCGACAGCUCAUCCCGUGCUCAGCAUCUGAGACUCCACACAGGCCAAAAGCCCUAUGCAUGUGUCGACUGUGAGAAGGCAUUCAGAACAAAGUCAUCACUCACUUGUCAUCAAAGAUGUCACACAGGGGAGAAGCCUUACGAAUGUAGUGCAUGCGGUAAAGCCUUUAGCCAUCGACAGUCGCUUACUGUUCAUCAGAGAAUUCAUUCCGGAGAAAAACCCUAUCAGUGUAAGGAAUGUAGGAAAACCUUCAGCCAGAUUGGACACCUUAAUCUACACAGAAGAAUCCACACUGGAGAGAGAGCUUACGAAUGUAAAGAAUGCGGAGAAGUCUUCAGACAAAGUGUGCACCUUGCUCAUCAUCAUAAAAUCCAUGCUGCAGUGUCGUCUCCAGCCCUGAGCUCUUCCCCACCCCCCGUGUCACCAAGUCCUGGGGGUGUGUCUGCUGAGUAUUUCUGGAACUCAUCCACAUCUUUCCAUCCUCAUUGCCCUAAUCCAAAACAUAGUCAUCUCAUCUGGACUAUUCCAAUUGUCUAAACACUGGUCCCUCUGCAUCCUCUUUUGUCUCCUCCAAGUUCAUUCUUCACACUACUUCCACAGUGGUCUGUUCAAAUGUAAAUGUAAUUAUAUGAAUCUCUUAAAACCCUCGGUGUGAAAAUUUAAACUACUUGAUGCAUACCAAGUGCUUAGCAUAGUGCCUGACCCAGACUAAAUGCUCUAUAAUGAUAGCUUAGUAUCCUUCAGAGUCUGCUUGAAAGCUGUUUUUAAGCAGUGAACUCUGGAAGACAGUAUAUGUACUUGGAGAUCAUAACAGUUUUUAAAACUGAAACUUUAUGUGAAUGAUGAGGAUUAGCAUGUGUUAAAGCUUAAACAUUAACACGUUUAAAGCUUUAUACCACCACCACAUAUAUGACUGUAUUCCUUUGUUGGUGAGAAAAUUCAACAUGACCUAAUACAUCGAGUAUGUUUUAGGAAGUAUCUAGAACUCUGGAUAAGACUGGAACAAAAGAAUUAGAAAAUAACUGGGAAUAAUGCAAGACUGUAUUUAGUAAAGGCAAAAAGUAAAAAUUCCUAAUAUUUAAAAUGGGAGAAGCAGAGAACUUGAAUAGUCUAGCCCUUUUUUAAGACACCUAGUUUCACAGCUUAAUGCUGAACCUUCAAGGACUCAUAAUUAAGCUGUUCUAGAGUACAGAAAAAAAUUGAAAUGGACUAUUUUGGAGUACUUCUAACCUCUGUUAAGGAGAACAGAGGUUAUGAAUAAAUGGAGAUCCAUGUUUCUAGAAGGAACUUUUAGUACUGUAAACAUGUCUGUACAUUCGGUCAGUUCCAGUCACAAUUCUUUUAGGAUAAUUUUCCACUGACAAUUUUGUUCUGAAAAUCAAUGUAGAAUGGUAAAUAGGAAAGCAUCACAAGAAAAAUUUUGAAAAAUGAUUGUGUCCCUAUGAAUUUAGUUACUUGCAAAAGUAAUUAUUUUUCAUGUGUCAGUGGGGGAGAUAGAUUACUUAAAUGGUGCUUGACAAUUAUCCAGCUGGAAAUAAAGUCAGAUCCACAUUUCACCCCCAACAGAGAAGUUCAUUCCGUAUAGAUUAAAGAUAUAAUAGGAAACACAAUAUUAAAUUUCUGAGAAGAGAAUGUAGAGUAUUUCUAUCCCCUUGAGUUCAGGUAGGCUUUAGUAAGCAGGACACAGAGUCCAGAAGUUAUGAAGAGGGACAGUGUUAGGUAAGACCAUGUAAAAAAUUUAAACUUUUCCGUGGUAUAAGACACUGUAUGCAAAGUGAAAAGACACACGACUGAUAUUUUAUAUAUAUUAAAAAGGAUAUAGCCCUUAUAAAAAGCGCUGUUGCUUUAUGUGGCAGCCUGGAUGGGAGGGGAGUUCAGGGGAGAAUGGAUACAUGUAUAUGUAUGGCUGAGUCCCUUUGCUGUCCACCUGAAACUAUCAUAAGAUUGUUAAUUGACUAUACCCCAAUACAAUAGAAAAAGUUAAGAAAUGCUGUUGUAAAGCAGCAAGUAAGAGACACAGUCCGACAAAAUCAGAUAAGAUACACAGUAUGACAGCAACUCUAAAUGAAGAAAACAGUCAAGGAAAAUCUUAAUUGCACUAAUGAUCAGAUAAAUGGAAAUUUUAAAAGUUCUCACCACGAGCACAAACCAGCACACACAUUAUGGGUAAUAUCCAGUACUGUUACAGAUGUGACAUGUUUUUAUACGUUGGGAGGGUAAAUAGGUAGAAAGCCAUUUUAGAAGGCAAUAUGGGAAUGGCUGCCCCCUCCAGUAUUCUUGCCUGGAGAAUCCCAUGGACAGAGGAGCCUGGUGGGCUGCAGUCCGUGGGGUCACAAAGCAUCAGACAUGACUGAAUGCCUAGCACACCAACACUAACAUGGUAUUGUAUAUCAACAUAUAAAGUGUAAUUAAUUAAUCACUGCUGCAAUUCUAGGGCUUUAUCUCCUCAAAAAGCACAGGCACAAAAAUACAGACAUACAUUUACCACAGAAUUUUUAAAAACUUGGAACAGCUUAAGUAUCCAGCAGUAGUAAAUUGAUUAGUUAAUUUUGGAAAAUCAGUUCAGUAGAUUAUUAUGCAGUAACUGAAAAGAAUGAGGAAGAUCUCUAUACUCACAAAACUAUGCCUUGUAGUUUAUUGAGAAUGUAAUUUUCGUAACUGUAAUAUGGCAUAGUUACAAGUACAUAAACUCUUUAAAGUUAACGUGAACUAUGUUGGUUUUGUCUGCAAUGCAAAUAGAAACCAUGCAUGCAUGCACAGAUUCUUUCCCUGUUGGUUGGGCUGCUCUGAUGUCAUUCCCUGGGGUUUUCUUUGCGUCACCAGCUUGUACACAGUUCACGUUAGUCCAAUCAGACACUCUCUCCUCGGGACUCAGGUGGGAGCUGCAUAUGAAUCAUCUCUUGGCCACAAUUUUAAGAUGCUUCCCAAGUUCCUGCUGUUCUGCUUCCUAGAGCUAAAAUGUUUCAUGUUCUUUCCAGGUUGUCCCCCCACCAGCAUUUUGUUCUCAUUUUAAAAUAAGAUUAAAAAAUAAUA